CGCGUCGUGGGACACGCGCACACUACACUUCAGGAACUGUUAGCACCGAUCAAAAGAAGGUGGCUCAGCUGUGCGCAGCCUAGACAAUGUCCGAAGAUUCUGACUCUAUAUCAGAGGAAGAAAGAAGUUUGUUCCGUCCGUUCACGCGGGAGUCCCUGGCAGCGAUCGAGGCUCGCAUUGCCGAGGAAGAGGCCAGGCAGAAAGAGCUUCAGCAGAGAAGAGCGGAAGGCGAGGUACGGUAUGACGACGAGGACGAGGACGAAGGUCCUCAGCCGGAUCCCAUGUUUGAGCAGGGAGCGCCGAUCCCGGUCCGAAUGCACAACGAAUUUCCAGCCGAGUUGGCCUCCACACCUCUCGAGGAUAUUGAUAGCUUCUACCACAAUCAAAGGACCUUCGUCGUCAUUAGCAAGGGAAAGGAUAUAUUCAGAUUCUCAGCGACGGACGCGAUGUGGAUGCUCGACCCGUUCAAUCCUAUACGGCGGGUGGCCAUAUACAUAUUGGUUCACUCGCUCUUCUCUGUUUUCAUCAUCACUACAAUAUUGGUUAACUGUAUACUCAUGAUCAUGCCCACCACGCCCACCAUCGAGUCCACCGAAGUGAUAUUUACGGGCAUCUACACAUUUGAGUCCGCCGUUAAGGUGAUGGCGAGGGGUUUCAUUCUGCAGCCUUUUACCUAUCUUAGAGAUGCAUGGAAUUGGCUCGACUUCGUAGUUAUAGCUUUAGCUUAUGUGACGAUGGGCAUAGAUCUAGGCAACCUUGCCGCUCUCAGGACAUUUCGAGUCCUCCGAGCCUUGAAGACUGUCGCUAUUGUACCAGGUCUGAAAACCAUUGUCGGCGCUGUGAUAGAAUCCGUGAAGAACCUGCGCGAUGUGAUAAUCCUGACGAUGUUCUCCCUCUCCGUCUUUGCGCUGAUGGGCCUUCAGAUUUACAUGGGGGUUCUCACGCAAAAGUGUAUAAAGAACUUUCCUGAGGACGGCUCCUGGGGUAAUCUCACCCAUGAGAGUUGGGCGCGAUUUAAUAAUAACGAAACUAAUUGGUAUUUUGACGAAGCGAAAAAUAUACCCUUAUGCGGAAAUUCAUCGGGAGCGGGGCAGUGCCUUCCCGGAUACACGUGUUUACAAGGAUUCGGCUCUAAUCCGAAUUACGGUUACACGAGUUUCGACACUUUCGGUUGGGCAUUGCUCUCCGCAUUUCGUCUCAUGACUCAGGAUUAUUGGGAGAAUCUGUAUCAAUUGGUACUAAGAUCGGCCGGACCAUGGCACAUGCUUUUCUUCAUCGUGAUCAUCUUCCUCGGAUCCUUCUAUCUCGUCAACUUGAUCCUCGCUAUUGUCGCGAUGUCGUACGACGAGUUGCAAAAGAAGGCCGAAGAGGAGGAAGCUGCCGAGGAAGAAGCUAUGAGGGAAGCCGAGGAAGCUGCACUAGCAAAAGAGAACAAACUCGCGGCGAGGGAAGCUGCGAAAAGUAUGGCUGCCGCCGCGGCAUCCGCCGCCGCGGAGGCUGCGGAUCAAAUCGUCAAAUCCCCGUCGGAUUUCUCGUGUCAGAGUUACGAGCUGUUCGUCGGUCAGGAAAGGGGCAACGACGAUAACAAUAAGGAGAAGAUGAGCAUACGUUCGAUCGAGUCCGUCGGCGACCACAGACACAUGAGGCAGAUGAACAACAAUCACAACGCUGCCAAUAAAGUGCGGAAAGUCAGCGCCGCGAGCCUGAGCCUACCCGGCUCACCGUUCAAUCUGCGUCGCAGCAGCCGUGGCAGCCACCAGUUCACGAUACGCAACGGCCGUGGCCGAUGCUUCGUACCACCGGGAGGCGACCGGAAGCCUCUCGUGUUGUCGACGUACUUGGACGCCCAGGAACACCUGCCCUAUGCCGACGACUCGAACGCGGUUACACCGAUGUCCGAGGAGAACGGCACGAUCGUGGUGCCGGUCUACUAUGCGAAUCUCGGCUCGCGUCACUCGUCCUACACCUCGCACGCCUCGCGGCUCUCCUACACAUCUCACGGUGACCUGGCCUUCGCUGGUAUCCGCGGCAUCGACAACAUCGGCAAGCAGCUCACCAAGCAAGAACAGAUCCUCAGGAAUAGAAACAACAAACAGGCGACAUCGGCCAAUGGCCAUGUUGCGGAUCCCAAUCAGAGAAAUUGUCAUCUUUACAUCAGCGAAACUCCUGAUGUGGAAGAUGCCAUGACCAAGUACAAACAAGACAAUCCGUUUGUCGAGCUACCGAUGGCGCAACAGCACCUGGUCAAUAUGAAAGAUGUAAUGAUGCUGAACGACAUAAUCGAGCAAGCUGCCUUUCUCAAGAGUCAAAUGCAAGACCCAUCACCAGACGACGAGGAAGAACCUAAAUUCAAGGACAAGUUAGUGGCUGGAAUGUUUCGUUGUAUCGACAUCUUUUGCGUCUGGGAUUGCUGUUGGCUUUGGCUCGAGUUUCAAAAGUACGUGUCCCUGUUGGUCUUUGAUCCAUUCGUAGAGCUCUUUAUCACGCUCUGCAUCGUUGUUAAUACGCUGUUUAUGGCAUUGGAUCAUCACGACAUGGACAAAGAUAUGGAAAAAGUGCUCAAAUCUGGCAAUUACUUCUUCACGGCGACAUUCGGCAUCGAAGCGACUCUGAAGCUAAUAGCGAUGAGCCCAAAAUAUUAUUUUCAAGAGGGCUGGAAUAUUUUCGAUUUUAUUAUCGUCGCUCUUUCGCUUGUGGAGUUGGGCCUCGAAGGCGUGCAAGGUUUGUCGGUAUUGCGAUCUUUCAGAUUGUUAAGAGUGUUCAAGCUAGCUAAAUCGUGGCCUACAUUGAAUCUGCUGAUUUCCAUCAUGGGCAGAACGGUGGGCGCAUUGGGUAAUCUAACGUUCGUGUUGUGCAUCAUCAUCUUCAUCUUCGCCGUGAUGGGUAUGCAGCUCUUCGGCAAGAAUUACGUCGAUCACGUCGAUUACUUCCCGGACGGCGAUCUACCCAGAUGGAAUUUCACUGACUUCAUGCAUUCGUUUAUGAUCGUUUUCCGAGUGUUGUGCGGAGAAUGGAUCGAAUCUAUGUGGGAUUGCAUGUUGGUCGGCGACGUCUCCUGUAUACCGUUCUUCUUAGCUACCGUCGUCAUCGGUAACUUGGUCGUCUUGAAUCUCUUCUUAGCUCUGUUGCUCAGCAACUUCGGCUCGUCGAACCUGUCAGCCCCGACUGCGGACAACGACACGAACAAGAUCGCGGAGGCGAUAGAUCGAAUAGCGCGUUUCAUUAAGUGGAUCAAGCGAAAUAUCCUUGCUUUUGCUAAGUUGAUGCGAGCCAAACUCACCAAUCAGAUAUCCGAUCAGGCGCCAGAUGGGAUUGAUCGCGAUGGGGACCUAGAUCUUGCAGAUGGAGACUUGGACGCAUACAGAGACAAGAAGAGCGCCAAAGAGCUUAAUCAGCUUGAAGUUGCUAUUGGUGAUGGGAUGGAAUUUACUAUUCAUGGAGAUCUGAAGAAUAAACUGAAGAGGGGUAAGCUGUGCAUGAACAAUACGAAAGUUAUCGCGAAUUCAAUAAACCACCACGAUUAUAGAUUGGACAACGAUUAUAUUAAUCAGAACGAAGAUGACACUAUCAGUAAUAAAUCGUAUGGCAGUCACAAAAACCGCGCGUUUAAAGACGAAAGUCACAAAGGUAGUAUGGACUCGUUAAACGGCGAAGAGAAGAAAGACGCGAGCAAAGAAGAUUUAGAACAAGAAGAAGAUUUAGAAGAUGAGGGUGAAGAAGGGGAAGAACAACUCGACGGCGAGAUAAUACAAGCGGAUGAGGAUCCUAUUCAAUCGAGUUACCCGGCUGAUUGCUGCCCGGAAAAUUGUUACAGAAAGUUCCCAUUUCUGGCCGGCGAUGACGACGCUCCGUUUUGGCAAGGCUGGGCAAAUCUGAGAUUCAAGACCUUCCGGCUGAUCGAGAACAAAUAUUUCGAGACUGCCGUCAUUACCAUGAUCCUUCUAAGUAGCUUGGCCUUGGCUUUGGAGGAUGUUCAUCUUCAACAACGACCUGUCCUGCAGGACGUAUUGUAUUACAUGGACCGAAUAUUCACUGUGAUUUUCUUCAUCGAGAUGUUGAUCAAGUGGCUGGCUCUAGGCUUUAAGAAAUAUUUCACGAAUGCCUGGUGUUGGCUCGAUUUUAUCAUCGUUAUGCUAUCGCUCAUCAACUUGGGUGCUGUCUGGGCCGGUGCAGCUGACAUCCCGGCCUUCCGUUCCAUGAGAACACUGAGGGCUUUGAGACCUUUACGAGCAGUCUCACGGUGGGAGGGCAUGAGAGUAUCGCUCAUUAACUUCGUAGCGUCGCUCUGUGGCGCUGGCGGGAUUCAAGCCUUCAAAACAAUGCGGACCCUAAGGGCCCUUAGGCCGCUCAGGGCGAUGUCUAGAAUGCAGGGGAUGCGGGUAGUCGUUAAUGCCUUGGUCCAAGCCAUUCCAUCCAUCUUCAACGUAUUGCUGGUAUGCCUUAUUUUCUGGCUUAUAUUCGCUAUCAUGGGGGUGCAGCUGUUUGCUGGUAAAUAUUAUAAGUGUGUCGACGCGAACAAGACGACACUCAGCUACGAAAUAAUACCAGAUCGUAACGCUUGUAACACCGAAAAUUACACGUGGGAAAAUUCGCCGAUGAAUUUCGACCACGUCGGCAAAGCGUAUCUGUGCCUAUUCCAAGUGGCGACUUUCAAAGGAUGGAUUCAAAUUAUGAACGAUGCGAUCGACUCUAGAGAGAUCGAUAAGCAACCGAUUCGCGAAACGAACAUUUACAUGUACCUCUACUUCGUGUUUUUCAUUAUAUUUGGAUCGUUUUUUACCCUCAAUCUGUUUAUCGGAGUGAUCAUCGACAAUUUUAACGAGCAGAAGAAGAAAGCUGGCGGAUCUCUCGAAAUGUUCAUGACGGAAGAUCAGAAGAAAUACUACAACGCCAUGAAGAAAAUGGGCAAUAAGAAGCCUUUAAAAGCCAUUCCUCGACCGAGGUGGCGGCCGCAGGCAAUAGUGUUUGAAAUAGUGACGGACAAAAAGUUCGAUAUGAUAAUCAUGCUGUUCAUCGGGCUGAACAUGCUCACGAUGACGAUGGACCAUUAUCAGCAGAGCGAAACCUUCGGCAAAGUUCUGGACUAUCUCAAUAUGAUAUUCAUUGUGAUAUUCACCAGCGAGUGUCUCAUGAAGAUCUUCGCUCUUCGCUACCACUAUUUCAAGGAGCCAUGGAAUCUCUUUGAUUUUGUUGUUGUUAUAUUGUCAAUAUUAGGUCUGGUGCUCAGCGACAUUAUUGAGAAAUAUUUCGUGUCGCCAACUUUGCUUCGUGUAGUGAGAGUGGCAAAAGUCGGUCGUGUGCUUCGACUCGUAAAAGGUGCCAAGGGUAUCCGAACCCUUCUCUUCGCCCUGGCGAUGUCGUUGCCAGCCCUCUUCAACAUUUGCCUACUGCUGUUUUUGGUGAUGUUUAUCUUCGCAAUAUUCGGAAUGUCUUUCUUCAUGCACGUCAAAGACAAGAGCGGACUGGACGACGUGUACAAUUUCAAGACUUUCGGGCAGUCGAUGAUACUGCUAUUUCAGAUGUCAACCUCGGCUGGUUGGGACAGUGUUCUCGACGGUAUAAUAAACGAGGAGGACUGCCAGGAGCCGAACAACGAGAUCGGCUACCCGGGCAACUGCGGAUCCUCGACGAUCGGGAUCGCUUACCUGCUCUCGUAUCUCGUGAUCAGCUUCUUGAUCGUCAUCAACAUGUACAUCGCCGUGAUCCUCGAGAAUUACUCGCAGGCCACCGAGGACGUGCAGGAAGGUCUGACGGACGACGACUACGACAUGUACUACGAGAUUUGGCAGCAGUUUGAUCCGGAUGGCACGCAAUACAUCAGAUACGACCAGCUGUCGGACUUCUUAGAUGUAUUGGAGCCCCCGUUGCAGAUACAUAAGCCCAACAAAUAUAAGAUCGUGUCGAUGGAUAUCCCCAUAUGUAAGGGAGACCUUAUGUUUUGCGUGGAUAUCCUCGAUGCCCUCACCAAGGACUUUUUCGCACGGAAGGGCAAUCCGAUUGAAGAGACGGGCGAUCUGGGCGAGGUCCAGGCUCGGCCCGACGAGGCCGGUUACGACCCGGUCUCGUCCACUUUGUGGCGACAACGCGAGGAAUACUGUGCCCGUCUUAUACAGAAUGCCUGGCGGAAGCACAAGCAGCAGCGUCUUGGCGGACCGAACGAGGAGAGCGACGACCCGGAUACGGAUCUGUGCGUCCGGCAGACCAAGGUGCUCGUCGAGAGCGACGGCUAUAUCACGAAGAACGGUCACCGCGUUGUCAUACACAGCCGAUCGCCGAGCGUCACUUCGAAAACCGCGGACGUCUGAUCGCCAUCGUCGUCGUCGCCGCCGCCGCCGUUGCAGCUACCGUCGUCGCUAUCGCCGCCACCGCCGCCGUCCGUGCGCCGCAAAUCGCUCCUCCGCAGCAGCCGCAGCAGGAGCAAGAGCAGCAGUAGCAGCAGCAGCAGCAUCGUCGACGACGAUUAUCAAUCAUUAUUAGCCGCUCGCACUGCUCGCGCGGAGUAGUGGCCGGGCGGGCACCUCGCGUGUGCUCCUCCAUCGACAGCCUUAUAGUUGUAUAAAAUAACAUUCCUCCAACGAGUUGCCUUUAAAUCAACUUUAAACAAAUUAUGACCGUUGGGAGAGAGGAAGAAGAGAAAGAAAGCGAGAGAAAGAGAGAGAGAGAGAUACGUCGCUAGUUAAAGACAAGCGUCCGUGCACAAGGAGACUGCGACGAGAUCCAUAAUAUAUCGGUUUCAGAAUAUCGGGAGUGUGCCACUUCUUGUCGAUUGACCGUCGCCGGAUAUUGCGGCUUUCGAAUAUCGGAUUUUAUUUUUGUCGUGCCGUCCGGAUCAACGGGAGGAGGGCGAGCAAGAAGAAGAGGAGAAGCCGAGAAGACGAAGAGGAGCAACGAGGAGGUCGAAGCGUCGCGACGUCCUCUCCAAGCCAACUUCCCCACACACCGAGACUUGUGAGGGUGUAACGUCGUGACGCGGGAAUACCCGAGAUCUCGUGAGAUCUUUUCGCCUUUGUUCCUCGUCGUUCGAACACCAUU